AAGAUGAUAAGAACAACUAAUAAUAAUAACAAACUAUAAAAAUGAAGUAAAUAAACUUUUUCGUAAAAUAACACAACAAUUAAUAAUAUUGUAAUAUAGUUGGGCCGCGCUUACCGUGUGUUCGAGUUACGAUGGGUGCUACGGCGGCAAACGAACCGAAAUCGGAAAUCUCCAAUUAUGUCAAGUUGAACAUCGGUGGGUCGUUGUUCUACACGACCGUGACGACGCUCUCGAAAUUUGACUCGAAGCUGCGCGAUAUGGUUCUGUCGGAAGCGGCCCAAAAUGCCGAAACGUUGGAAUCUGAAGGAUGGGUGUUUAUCGAUCGUUGUGGCAAACACUUUGGCACCAUACUCAACUUCCUGCGAGACGGAACCGUACCGUUACCUGAAACGUGCGUGGAGAUAUCCGAGAUACUGGCCGAAACCAAGUAUUACGGCGUUACGGAGCUGCACAAGGCAUGUGAACAGGCCCUGCAGAAGAAAAGAAACCGUAACACAAACAUAACGUGGGUCACAUUGAUAACGUCCCAGAAUGAAGCCCAGAAAUUGAUAUCCGUAUCGUCAAAGCCGGUAGUGAAAUUUGCAAUUAAUCGUCACAACAACAAAUAUUCGUAUACAGGGGCAUCAGACGAUAAUCUGUUGAAAAACAUUGAGCUGUUUGAUAAACUGGCUGAAAAACAUAAAGAGCGCGGUCUAUUCAUUAAAGACGUCAUUGGAUCAAAUGAAAUCUGCUGUUGGACGUUUUAUGGACCAGGGGGAGCAGUAAAAAAAGUUGCUGAAGUGUGUUGCACUUCAAUAGUGUACGCUACAGACAAAAAACACACAAAGGUUGAUUUUCCAGAGACACGUAUACUUGAAGAAACCAUGAAUGUCAUGUUGUUAGACACACGGAUCAACAAGUCUGUACAGGAACACGAACUAAUAGAGGCUACAUCGAGUUCAAAUGGAAAUUGUCGUUGCUCUUGUUCAAGUCAAUGGUCAGAUUUACAGUGGGAGAAUAGUACGACCAGCACAUUAUAAAACAACUGAACACUAUGAUUGUUGUUGAAAAUUGUUGCUGUUUAUUGGCUUUUAAAUAAUUGUCAUGAGACAAUUUUUUUUGAUAUCAAAAAAGUCUAACUAAUUAUAAUUCCCCGUAAAUUGUUGCCUGCUGUAACAAAACUGAAACUAUAUCUUAAUUUAUUUUUGUAAAAGUUUUGUUUGUUGAAGGUUGUCAUCCUAUUGAUUAAGAUUACAAAAAACUCAAAUAUAUUAUUAUUUUCUUUAAUA